AUGGAGAAUAAGAACCAAUCAAUGGUGACAGAGUUUCUCUUCUCUGUUUUUCCCCAGUUUCAAGAAGGGGGCUUACUGUUCUUCAUCCCUUUGCUCCUUGUCUACCUGUUCAUUGUCAUUGGGAACCUCAUGAUUGUCAUUGCCAUCAGGCUGGAUGCCCGGCUCCAUAACCGCAUGUACAAUUUCAUCAGCAUCUUCUCCUUCCUGGAGAUCUGGUACACCACAGCCACUAUCCCUAAGAUGCUCUCAAACCUGGUCAGUGACCAGAAGACCAUCUCCUUUACUGGUUGCCUACUACAGAUGUAUUUCUUCCAUUCACUUGGAAACACUGAGGGCAUAUUGCUGAUGACUAUGGCCAUUGACAGGUACAUUGUUAUCUGCAAUCCCCUCAGAUACCCAACCAUAAUGACCCCCAGGCUCUGUGCCCAGUUGAACAUUGGCUCUUGUGUCUUUGGCUUCCUUAUCUUACUCCCUGAAAUCGCAUGGAUCUCCACCCUACCCUUCUGUGGCUCCAAUCAGAUCCAUCAGAUCUUCUGUGACUUUACCCCUGUGCUAAACUUGGCUUGCAAAGAUACCUGUAUGCCCCUGGUGCAAGAUAUCAUCCAUGCUAUUGCCAUCCUCUUUACUGUCCUAAUCAUUGCCCUCUCCUACUUUCGAAUUAUCACUGUGAUCCUAAGGAUACCCUCAACAGAGGGUCACCAAAAGGCUUUCUCCACCUGUGCCAACCACCUUGCAGUCUUCCUAUUGUUCUUUGACAGUGUGGGGCUCAUGUAUCUAUGUUUUUCAGCUACUUACCCUCCAUUCUGGGACACAACCAUUGCAGUGAUGUUUGCUGUCCUUGCCCUUUUUAACCCUAUUAUCUAUAGUUUAAGGAACAAGGACAUGAAGGAGGCUAUCAAGAAACUUCUCUGUCCAAAAGAAACACAAUAA